UCGGAACGGAACGUGUUUUUUCUUACAUCAAAUGAGUUGAACGUCGGAAAUAGAAUUUUAUUUGUAUUUGUUGUGCUAAAUUAAAGUAUUUAGUUGCAAUAUGCCGGCAGCACGUGUAAUCAAACGAUUAUGUACUCGGCCAUUAAUUCGAUUCAAUUCAUGUUGCCACAAAAAUCCUUCAUCAAACUUACAAGUGCGACAUAGUGCUACAGUGGUGUAUUCAAAGUCCCAAAUAUUUGUCCCAAUAGCAAUGAAAAUUCGUAAAUUAGGCUUAGGUCCUACAUCUAAAGACUUCGACGAACAAACCCAACUAACAGGGCCCUUAACAAAAGUGCACGCCACUGAACUUGUGCUGCAUUUAAAAGAUGAAGAGCGGAAAGUGUUAUUUUCUGCAUUACAAGAAUACGAGUCCAAUAGAAUCAAGGAAGAAUUUGAAGACAAAUUGGCUGGUCUACGCUGGAGAAGUAAGCUAGGGAGACCUAGCAAAGUCCCUUCUUUGGGAGACGUCGAUCCAACGGGAACCUAUUGCCCUGUGCCUGAAGACUGGUUGAAGAAGAAAUAUGCUUCUACUAUACCCAAACCCAGUACCAAGGAGCUGUUGCACUUAUCAUUAUCCAAUUCUAUACCAUUCAUUGGCUUUGGGUUUUUGGACAACUUCAUUAUGAUUAUUGCGGGCGACAGCAUAGAGAGCAGCAUGAGCGCGUACAUCACGCUGUCGACGAUGGCGGCGGCGGCGCUGGGCAACACGUUCAGCGACGUCAUCGGCAUCGGCUCGUCGUACUACGUGGAGCGCGCCGCCGCGCUCAUCGGGCUGGGCGCGCCCGCGCUGUCGCCCGUGCAGCUCGACAUGCCCGUCACGCGCCGCUUCACCAACAUGGGCCGAGUGAUAGGCAUUACGAUCGGCUGCUUCCUGGGCAUGACGCCGCUUCUGUUCAAGGACGACGAAAAGAAGGCGGAGCCUAGCAAACCCGACAAGCCAGAAUCAAAGUGAAUUUUUCCCUGUUCACAGUAGCAUACAUUCUUUCAGAUUUAGCGAAGUUUCUAUUAUCUAAUAUAACAACUCUGUAUUAUAUCUAUGUAAAUAAGAUGUAAAUUGAAAGAUUCUGAAGUCACUGGUGUCUAUAGUCACCUCUCAGCUAUUGUUAUGCACAAUGUGCGUGUAGUACUUAUUGUCUUUAAGUUUAACAAAUUGUAAUAAAUCAGAUUUCAUAAGUAUACUAUUAAAGUUCUUUGCUUGAAUUAAGGAUAAUGAGAUGAUAUUUUGAUUGUAAAAGUUUAAUAUCUUGUGAUAAGUGUAAUGAUUGAUGAAUUAUUUCCUGUCAAAGACUUAUGCAUGAAUACUAUUAUUGCAGAGAACACACACUCGAAUUCUCAAUGAUAUAGGACAAUUUUUGUUGUAUAUGUAGUUGUAGAUAGAUAAAUAUGCUUAGUAUGAAUUCUGAAAAGGGGAUGUUUCUAUUAAAUGUGAUAAUUAAUAAUAUAUUUUAUACUCUUACUUGCCACUGGCAGCUCUCUUUGGCACCAAAAAAUAAAUACAUGCACCAAGUUAGUGAUAAUUAUAUUCUAUAAUAUUGAUACAAUAUUUUUGCUGCUAACAUUUUCUAUUAUUAGAGGAAGCAAUGUAACAAUACCCAAAGUAGAUAGUUAUAAAUUAAGUGUUAUCUUUGCAAUUUUAUGAAUUGUUUAUUAUUGUGUCAUGUGAUUGAUUUCAUUGGAGUUAUUUGACUCCAGCCUGUUUUACUUUCAAAUGGGUUCUUUACUGCCGAUUUUCGUAUUAAGUGUUGUAUUAUGUAUUAGCAUUUACGCAAGCCCAACAGGUGACUCUAGUCAGUAACAGUGAAGUGGUACAUUUUAGUACAAAAUACGUUCGCUAAAUCUUACAAAUUUAAUAAAUGUUCCUAAAUCAAGAGUAUGAUUUUUGUCACCAGAAUAAAAUCACCUGAUUUUUCCUGAUAAUUACUAACAGCAAUAUUAACUGAUAAUAAUCACAAUUUAUUUGCAAAUUAAACAUGGUAUACAAAGAUAUUUAAUUACAUGAUAUAUUUUGGUGACAAAUAUAAUAGUUGGCAAUAGAAAAUAUUGUUCCCGUUUUCCAUAGUGCAUUACAUUAAAGAUAUAGAGUUCAACGUCUUGCUAAUAUUUGAAAAUCAUAGGACUCUAUUUUGCAUUUGUUAUUUGCGCACAGAAUGGCAUGUGGUACAUGUUAAAAGUUAAUAAAUACCUAUGUUAUGGCAAAUAUGAUUAACAAUAUUUUACGUUGUAAUGCACGUUUAUAAUCACAAUUCGUUUGUAGAUGUAAUUGCUGCGAACAGCAACAUGAAUUAAUUACAUGUACUAACUAUAGGGUUACAGAGAGAAUGUAUGAUUUAAAUGGCACACCUAUUUACGAUUGUUGAUAUACUAUUUGUGUUUUAUAUGACUUUAGAAUGAUUAUAUACUUUAGAAUCGAUCCUAUGUUUUAUUUUUAAUUAGUAAUCGAAUAAUGAGACAAGCGUAAAUUUUAAAAUAACAUAAUAAAAAUAAAAUAAAACAUGCAGAUUGUCAUAAAUAUUACCGCUUUAAUUUAGUCAGUGUCUCAAGGAGCCGCCACGCGGCCGUGUGCGGCGCCUGCGUCGUCGGUGUUGCUACGCCACUAAUGGAAAUUUGUUACAAUUAUCUGGGGGUAAUAAAAUAUUACAAGUCAGUUUACAAAACAUUCUUAUGUAUAGUCAAAUAAUUUUAUAAACAAUUAACUAAUAUUAAAAUAAAUGUCUUAAUUGCACUGAACAAGAGUAUAUUUUCUUAUCAUGCCGUAUAUUUCACUAAUAGGUACAGUUUUACAAAAUGUCAGUUUCGCUUAAUUAACGUUCGUAAUUCUAGUACAAGUAAGACAGGAUAGUGGUGCCCCAUAUCCAUAAGUGAGACUAGAAAAAUUACAUAAUUUUAGGAUUAUCUACCGCGACGUGACAGCAUGCAGAGAUUAGCCAGAUGAUGCAAGUUGCAGCU